UGGAGGUUUUAUAAAUUGAGAAAACACAUUUUUGAGUGUGUAAAGCUUAAAACCUUUUGGUACUAGUUGCCAUAAAAAUAAAAAAGGUUUAAAACAAUUAAAAGUGAAAUUAAAAAUUGUUAACAAAAAACGGUUUCAAUUAUUGGCCGAGGACAACAACUACAAAAACAUUGUAAGACUGCAACAGAAAAACAACCACUGGGCUGUUUUGGAAUUUUCUUUAUUCUUCUUUGAGCAGGUCUUUCCCUCCAUCUAACCAGACAGACAAACAAACAAACGAACCAAAACCCAUUUAGUGAGUAACGUUGUUGUUGUUAUUAUCAAGUGUUUAUUUGUGUGUGCCUGGUUCUAAAUUGUUGUUUUUUUCUUAAUUACGUUUUAUUCGUGGCUUUUAUUCGGCUUCGUUUUAUUCUUGUUGUUCUUUAUUCAUCAUCAACAACACAACAACUUAAAAUUCAACCAACAUUAUAAUUUAUUAAAAAUUGUUUUUGUGCUGGAAUUUGUAUUUUUUUUCUAUAUAUAUUAAAAUAGUGUUUCGUUAAUAUGGCGUUAAGUCGGUCGGAUUUUGAGCAUGGGAGAGCAGACUCUUAUCGUGUCGCCACGGUUGUACCAACCGAUGACGACAAUCUUACAGCCGAUGGCCAUUACAAGUCAAAACGCAAAAUGCCUUCUAAAGCUGCAAAAAAAGAAAAUUUAGAUGAUCUCAAACAGGAGUUAGAUAUCGAUUUUCAUAAAAUCACUCCUGAAGAGCUGUAUCAGCGCUUUCAGACACAUCCUGAAAAUGGUCUAAGUCAUGCUAAGGCUAAAGAGAAUUUAGAACGAGAUGGUCCUAAUGCUCUUACACCACCCAAACAAACACCCGAAUGGGUAAAAUUCUGUAAAAAUUUGUUUGGUGGUUUCGCCAUGUUAUUGUGGAUUGGUGCUAUUUUAUGUUUUGUUGCCUACUCCAUUCAGGCUAGUACCAGCGAAGAGCCAUCAGAUGAUAAUUUAUAUUUGGGUAUCGUACUUUCUGCUGUAGUUAUAGUGACUGGUAUUUUCUCUUACUAUCAGGAAUCAAAAAGUUCAAAAAUUAUGGAAUCUUUCAAAAACAUGGUUCCUCAAUUCGCCACUGUCAUUCGUGAGGGUGAGAAACUCACUCUACGUGCUGAAGAUUUAGUCUUGGGUGAUGUAGUCGAAGUGAAAUUCGGUGAUCGUAUCCCAGCUGAUAUUCGUAUCAUAGAGGCUCGUAACUUUAAGGUCGAUAACUCAUCGUUGACUGGUGAAUCUGAGCCCCAGUCUCGUGGUCCCGAAUUCACCCAUGAAAAUCCCUUGGAAACAAAGAAUUUGGCUUUCUUCUCUACCAACGCUGUCGAAGGUACUGCCAAGGGUGUUGUCAUCAGUUGUGGUGAUCACACUGUCAUGGGUCGUAUUGCUGGUUUGGCUUCCGGUUUGGAUACUGGUGAGACUCCCAUCGCCAAGGAAAUUCACCAUUUCAUUCAUUUGAUUACCGGUGUGGCCGUAUUCUUGGGUGUGACAUUCUUCGUUAUUGCUUUCAUUUUGGGUUACCAUUGGUUGGAUGCUGUUAUUUUCUUGAUUGGUAUUAUUGUCGCUAACGUACCUGAAGGUCUUUUGGCUACCGUAACUGUGUGCUUGACUUUGACUGCCAAGCGUAUGGCUUCGAAGAAUUGUUUGGUCAAGAAUUUGGAAGCUGUCGAAACUUUGGGCUCCACCUCGACCAUUUGCUCUGAUAAGACCGGUACUUUGACCCAAAAUCGUAUGACUGUCGCUCACAUGUGGUUCGAUAAUCAAAUCAUUGAGGCCGAUACAACAGAAGAUCAGUCGGGUGUCCAAUACGAUAGAACUAGCCCUGGAUUCAAGGCGCUCUCUCGCAUUGCCACUCUCUGCAACCGUGCUGAAUUCAAAGGCGGCCAAGAAGGUGUUCCAAUUUUGAAGAAAGAAGUCAGCGGUGACGCCUCAGAAGCUGCUUUGUUGAAGUGUAUGGAAUUGGCUCUCGGUGAUGUAAUGAACAUUCGUAAACGCAACAAGAAAAUCGCUGAAAUUCCAUUCAACUCCACCAACAAGUAUCAGGUCUCAAUUCACGAAACUGAAGAUCCCUCCGAUCCACGUUACUUGCUCGUCAUGAAGGGUGCCCCCGAACGUAUCUUGGAACGUUGCGCCACCAUUUUCAUCAACGGCAAAGAAAAGGUCUUGGACGAAGAGAUGAAGGAAGCUUUCAACAACGCCUACAUGGAAUUGGGAGGUUUGGGUGAACGUGUCUUGGGUUUCUGUGACUUCAUGUUGCCCUCCGACAAAUACCCCACUGGCUUUAAAUUCAACACUGACGACGUCAACUUCCCCAUCGAUAACUUGCGUUUCGUUGGUCUCAUGUCCAUGAUUGAUCCUCCCCGUGCCGCUGUACCCGAUGCCGUAGCCAAGUGCCGUUCUGCCGGUAUUAAAGUUAUCAUGGUCACUGGUGAUCAUCCCAUCACUGCCAAGGCUAUUGCCAAAUCUGUCGGUAUCAUUUCCGAAGGCAACGAAACCGUCGAAGAUAUUGCCCAACGUUUGAAUAUUCCCGUCUCUGAAGUCAAUCCCCGCGAAGCCAAGGCUGCCGUUGUACAUGGUGCUGAAUUGCGUGACGUGUCCUCCGAUCAAUUGGAUGAAAUCUUACGUUAUCACACUGAAAUCGUAUUCGCUCGUACCUCACCUCAACAGAAAUUGAUCAUUGUUGAAGGUUGUCAACGUAUGGGUGCUAUUGUAGCUGUAACUGGUGAUGGUGUCAACGAUUCACCCGCUUUGAAGAAGGCUGAUAUUGGUGUUGCUAUGGGUAUUGCUGGUUCCGAUGUAUCCAAACAGGCCGCUGACAUGAUCUUGUUGGAUGAUAACUUUGCUUCCAUUGUAACUGGUGUUGAAGAAGGUCGUUUGAUUUUCGAUAACUUGAAAAAAUCUAUUGCUUACACUUUGACCUCUAACAUUCCUGAAAUCUCUCCCUUCUUGGCUUUCAUCUUGUGCGAUAUCCCAUUGCCUUUGGGUACCGUUACCAUUUUGUGUAUUGAUUUGGGUACUGAUAUGGUACCAGCUAUUUCUCUGGCUUAUGAGAAACCAGAAAGUGAUAUUAUGAAACGUCAACCCCGUAAUCCUUACCGUGAUAACUUGGUCAAUCGCAGAUUGAUUUCCAUGGCAUAUGGACAAAUUGGUAUGAUCCAAGCUGCUGCCGGUUUCUUUGUCUACUUCGUUAUUAUGGCUGAAAAUGGUUUCUUACCCUUGAAAUUAUUCGGUAUCCGUAAAAUGUGGGAUUCCAAGGCUGUCAAUGAUUUAACCGAUUCAUAUGGUCAAGAAUGGACUUAUCGCGAUCGUAAAACUUUGGAAUAUACCUGCCACACUGCUUUCUUCAUCUCCAUUGUUGUUGUACAAUGGGCUGAUUUGAUCAUUUGUAAGACACGACGAAACUCCAUUUUCCAACAGGGCAUGAGAAAUUGGGCCUUGAACUUUGGUUUAGUUUUCGAAACUAUUUUGGCUGCAUUCUUGUCAUAUUGUCCCGGUAUGGACAAGGGUCUUCGCAUGUACCCACUCAAACUCGUUUGGUGGUUCCCAGCCAUUCCAUUUGCGUUGGCCAUCUUCACUUAUGAUGAAACCAGACGUUUCUACUUGCGUCGCAAUCCCGGAGGCUGGUUGGAACAAGAAACCUACUAUUAAACAAACAAAUCAACCACCACAACAACAACAUUAUUUUUGUUAUAUGGCUGCUUCAUCCAUUUCUCUUAUCCUCUGCCGCCCCUUUUAACGCGCCACUCCCUCAAAUGAAAUCAAUCAAUAUCAACCAACCAAACAAAAUCACCAUCAAAAUCAAUCACACACAAUUAUAAAUCACCUCAAACUCUAUCACCAACAACAACUACUACCACUACCAAUUUAUCUUCUCACCAAGCUUCUAAAAAGAACAUCUUGUCAACAAAUUUUAAAAAACAGAUGUUUUUUUUUAAAUAAUUAAUUAUAAAGUUAAAACAAACUGAGAAAAUAAUUAAAAAAAAGAAAAAAAAACGAACAACAAAUUCAUAAUUAAAAGAAAAGCAACCAUUAUAAGCAGUAAAGAAUAUUUAACAACAACAAAUUAUUAAAUUUAUUAUUAUUAAUUAAUUAAUUAAUUAAUUAAUUAACGAAUGAAGAGGAGCGCAUUAUUCUUUUAUGCAGCCUUUUGUUAUUUAAAUUUAUCAUUAAUGAAAUGAGAGAAAAACAAAUUUAG